GAAAAAAAAAUUUCUCCCUCGAUGAUUAAAUUUUGUUGAAAAACCGAAAAAAAAAACACGGAAAACAAAUUUGCAGGUAAUGAUAAAGAAAGGACAGGUUGCUCUUCGCUUGUAAGAGAAAAAUAUAUAAAAAAGAACAGAAAAUGCCAUUUUUUUCCUUAGCGGUAGGGUUCCUUUUCUUUUUCUCUAUUUUAUUUUUAAUUUCUGAAUUUCUGGGUUUCAAAUACACAGAGAGAGGAAGAUAAUAGAGUUUCUCUUGUCCACAAUCUCUCUCUUCUACUUCUAGAAAAGUGAAUAGAGAUUGUCUCUUGGGUUGAAGCCAAGGAAAGGAAGUAAAUAUAUAUAUAUUUACACACACACACACAAAACCAAAGAAGGAAGUUAGGAUUAUACUCAUUUCUUGUUUUGUGAUGAUGAACGAAGACAUGUUACUUCAUCAGCAAGUACAACAACAACAACAACAAGAGGAGAAUAUGUCGAAUCUAACAUCAGCUUCGGGGGAUCAAGCAAGUGUCUCUUCAGGAAACAGAACUGAAGCAAGUGGUUCUAAUUACUUUCCUCAUCAUCAACAACAACAACAAGAAUUACAACAAGAUCAGUUCUUUGUUCCGGAAUCGCAGCCUCAAAAGAAGAGGAGAAAUCAACCAGGGAAUCCAGACCCAGAGUCAGAAGUGAUUGCUUUAUCACCAAAAACACUAAUGGCAACAAACAGAUUCGUGUGUGAGAUCUGCAACAAAGGUUUCCAAAGAGAUCAGAAUCUACAGCUUCACCGGAGAGGUCACAAUCUGCCAUGGAAGCUGAAACAAAGAUCCAACAAAGAAGUGAUAAGGAAGAAAGUGUAUGUUUGUCCGGAAGCAAGCUGUGUCCACCAUGACCCAUCUCGAGCCCUCGGGGACUUAACCGGAAUCAAGAAGCAUUUCUGCAGAAAACAUGGAGAAAAGAAGUGGAAAUGUGACAAAUGUUCAAAGAAAUAUGCUGUUCAAUCAGAUUGCAAGGCUCAUUCUAAGACUUGUGGCACCAAAGAAUACAGAUGUGACUGUGGCACUCUCUUUUCUAGGAGGGAUAGUUUCAUAACUCAUAGAGCAUUUUGUGAAGCACUGGCUGAAGAGACUGCAAGAGAAGUAAUAAUUCCACAAAACCAGAAUCAUCAACAAAAGCCUCUUUUGAUUCAUCAAUCUUCUUCUCAUAAUCACCAUCAAACACAACCAAACAUGAACGUCUCUUCCCCUUCUUCCUCUUCCCACAACAUCAUCAAUAGCCUUCACUUCGAAACCAACAAUGGUACUAAUAAUAGCAACAGCAGCAGCAACCAUCUCCAUACAUUUCAGAUGAAGAAAGAGCAACAGCAAGGCAAUGAUCAUAUCAUCAGUUACCACCACCACAACAUCCCUCCUUGGCUUGCUCCUCAGCCGCAUGAUCUGACAUCUUCAAACCCUAACCCUAGUAAUAAUGGUGGAGGAGGAGAAGGUUUGUUCUCUCUUGCAGCUUCUCCGGCUAUGUCAGCCACCGCAUUGCUCCAGAAAGCAGCCCAAAUGGGUUCCACAAAGACGCCUCCUUUACCGCCAACCACCGAAUUACUCGAGAGGUCAUCAGCUCAUCACAACAACCUCACCACGACAAUGGCGGCAAUGAUGACGUCACCAUCUGGAUUCAUCAACUCCAGCAACAACAAUCAAGUUUUGUUUCAAGACUACAACUCUCCCGGGUUUGAUCAUCACGGUGCCUUCGACAACACGUUCGGCGGGUUCUUGAGGACAAACGGUGAUACUACAACCGCUUCAACCGCAGGAUCAGACAAGAAUAAAAGCGGUGGAGGCGGAGGAGGAGGAGAGGGUUUAACAAGAGAUUUCUUAGGGCUAAGACCGUUAAUGUCUCAUAACGAGAUUCUAAGUUUUGCUGGUCUCGGGAAUUGCAUCAAUGGCUCUGCUUCAGACCAGCUUCAUCCAAAGCCUUGGCAGGGUUAGUUAGUCUUUUUUUCUCAUACAAUCAAUCUAUCUAAAUUCUAAUAUUAAUGUGUAUAUACACAGUAUGUAGUUUUAUAUUUCCACAAUCUUCUUUUAUCUUAUUUUGUUCUUCGUUUUAUAACUUUUAUAUAUGCUGCAUGCUUACCAAAGGAAAAUCAAAAUGAUGCAUGUUUAUGCAGAAAUAUUUUAUUUGUUUGCUACGUGUCGUCUUUAUUCUUUUCUAUAAAAGACAAAAAACUAAGCUAAUGAUGAUUACUGG